AUAGGCUAAGGUACAGACUCGAUUACAAGGGAUAUUUUUGUAACAUAACUUAAAUUCUACUUCCCUAAGUUAUUAACUACAUGAGUGACGUUAUGACGCACUUGUUUAUAUUAAAACGACAUUUUGAAUAUGCUCAAUGUUCCAAAAAAUCUAUUGUAAAUAUCGUAAGUUAUUUAGUGUGAAUGUUGUAAGUAAAAAUAAUUAAUACUUAUACUUGAAAAAUCAUGUAUAAGUUUAAUCAAAAUAAAUUGUAUAACUAAAAGUAUUAAUUCAGGUCUUUUUAAAACUAUAACUAGAUAUGUCAGAAGAUCUGGAUAUUCUGGAUGUACGAGUAGUAAGUAAAUUAUUAGAACCUAAUACAGUAACAAAGUUCAACACUUUAUUCAUUUGUUCUCUUUAAAUAAUAUAGUUCGAAAACCAUAAAUCAAUACUUGGUUUAUAAUAUAAAUAAAUAUCAGAGGACAUCUUACACAAAUCAACCUAUUAGCCCCAAACUAAGCAAAGCUUGUACUAUGGCUGCUAAUAGGCAACGAUAUACAUACGUAUCAGUGGCGGAGCAUCCAUAGAACUCGAUUCCCAUCGGCUUGUCUGAUAUUCAGGCUCUUGGGCCAUUUUCUUUAAAUUUAUGAAGAAAAGUACAGUCAACGGUAAAAAUAUGGGUGUAGACAACUUACUCAAAAAUAUGUCCCAUAGUUCUUAAUUCACUGACAUAAGAGUUAUGGGCAUACGUCGGACUCCAGCGGGCAUUUUCGUGGCAUGUCAGAAUCAUAGGUAAGGUACGCAAAUCAAUCAAUUCACUUUCGAGUAUUUGAACUUAGUAUUUGGUACCUAGUAUUUAUAAUGUGAAAUUCCAAAUAUCAUAGCAACUAACUGCGUUAUGACGCAUGUCAGCUAUUUAUUUGUUUUUUAAGCGGCCACUUCAGUGGGCUAUCAGUCAUCACUUCAAAGAGAAUUAACACAUUGAAGAUGAAUUUAAAUGAUAACGGGUAACUAAUUUAAUUAACUAUGUUACAAAUACUAGGUACAUUAUAAUACUCGUACGUUAAGAUUUUUUUGUAAACCUUACCUUGCCCUCAAACUGCCCCUAUAGUCCGACGUUUGGUUAUGGGACAUAUUUUUGAAAUGAUUUGUACACCCAUAUUUUUACCGUUGACUGUACCUAAGGGCAACUCAGCUACGGCUUGCCUACGGACAAUCUAGACGCGCCGCCUUUGAUACUUAUAUAGAUAAAUACAUACUUAUAUACAUACAUAGAAAACACCCGAUGGCUCAGUGUUCAUCACACAAAUAUAUAAAUGCCCUUAGGUACCGGGAUUCAAAUCCAGGACCAUCUCUGCUUCACACGCAGCGUGGGUAGUGGGUAGUGACCCACUAGUCCAGACCGGUCGUGCGGUCGAUAUAAUUAUCUUAAUACAUAUAUUGAUUACCGACAUGUACCUACAUUACAAACCUUUAGUAAGUAUUUUAUUGUACCUACAGUAGGUAUGAAUACGUUCACACAAGUGAGUCAGUUGAAGUAUUAUAAGUAAGGUGUAUUCGGGUAAUACCGAAUGUCGGAUAAUUCCGAAAUUCAGAUGAAAAUCACCCUAAAUUCCAUCAUAAUAAAAGUCUCAUUUCGGAAUUAUCCGACAGUUUUCGACAUUCGGAAUUACCCGAGUAAACCCUAUGACUAAUUAACUAGGUAUUUAAUUAAAUUCGACUCCAGUGAAUUCGCGACCAUGUUGUAAAUAUGUACCUACCUGUAUAUAUUGAAAUGUUUGAUAGAAUCCGACUGUUUCGCUUUAUUUAUUCGUUUUAGUCUUAACUUUUAUCUAGUCUAGUCUAGUCAAGGUUUGUCCAACACAAACCGAAGGAUGAGUGCAUCUAGUCAUUGCCAUUCCAUAGAGAUUAUAAGAAAAUGUGAAUAUAUAUUUUUGUAUGUAGAAAUUAUAUAGGUAGUUUGGUUGUUCUUAAGAUAUCUUCCACGAGCAAAGACCCAGCGAUAGUAUGUAUGAAUACACAUGCACAUGACACACGAAUGAUGAUUAUAAGUAAUUCGAGAAACUUUCAGCACACACGAGUUUUUGUACCUACUUUUUAUAGACUAAUUUAAUUCCGUUGUCAGCUCCAAAUACAUUUUCGACUUAGAGCAUUUAAUAACUGGAGUGGCCAUUAAGAGCUUACCCCUCUGCCGAAAAACUUGCACAAUUGAGCAAACUUCUGUAUGGACAUGGACCGACGUCCGACAUGGCUAUUUGAACGUUACGUACGAAUCAUGUAGAACUAGCAAUACAUUUGACAUCCUCUCCACCGCAGAAAUCGGCAGAUUGUUUCGUAAAGAAAAUGUCAGCGAUGACAUCUCCUUUCUAAAUGCUCUAAGGUUAUAGAACAUAAGAGUAAGUGAUAUAAGACAAAACAUAAUUAAUUUCUAAAUUUUUGUUCAAUGUUGCUUCAAUCAUAAAUAAUUAAAAGAUGCUGGGUCUUUUAUCUUCCGCUUCGAUAAGGUCCGUGGAUCAACAUUAUGUUACGGUAUAGUAACUAUUACAUAAUUCUCGUUUAAAAGCAUUACAUGCGUAUAAAUAUUAUAAAAACCCACUUGAGGCGAAUUUUUGAGGGUAGGUAGGUAAGGAAAGACUAUCUGUUAUUUCGAUGUUAUUUAAAAUACAGUUAUAGGUUAUAGUACGCCGUUACUUCCGUUACAUAGAUACUGGCAGACAACGCAUUGUUAAUUAAAUCGUUCAAGAUAGGAUAUUGAAAUUUUAAACACAAUUAGGUAGGUAUAUUCUUUAUAUGUUAGAGAGCUCUCUACAUAAAAGCGAAAAUAAGGUUGAAAGUUUUUAACGACUUGGUACUACGCAGGCGUACCUACUCGCGGCGGGAGACUUGUUCGUGGCUAUGUACAUGUUAUAUUAAAAACUUUUUUCAUUUCUCAUGCUCUGAAAGAGGGUCAUUGUUGUUCUAAAAGGUGUACAGAAAAUGAUACGUUUCUGCACUAGAGCAUUUUAGGUUGCAAGUACGAUUUAAUUAUUUUUUUACGAUAAGCAAUUGAUAUUUGGGUAUAAAUGGAUUUGUUAUACAAUUUCCAUUCUGAUAUUUGACUCCCCAUUCCAAAAAACGAUACUUUUGCCUAAAUUGUUAAUUGAAAGUACCCUCAAAAAUACAUUAAAAAUUUAUACUUAGUCAUGUUUUUACAAAACACAUGGAUCUUACUUUCCUCGUAUUCGAAAUGAAAAGUAGAGUGUUUAACUCGGGUGAAAGGCAUCAUUUCAGCCUCGGACUAUUGUCGCUUUCACUGCGUUCGAACGCCAUACUACCUCGACAGAAAUGAGUGCCUUUCAUCCCUUGGUUAACAAUCUAUUAUUUUUAGUAGCGGCGCCUGUUCCCUAGAACGGUUAAAAACAGCAAUAUUUAUCUAUAAAAAGCCAACCGGUCAAGUGCGAGUCGGACUCGCGUUCCAAGGGUUCCGUACAUUAGCCAAUUUUAAACAAUGUUGUAUUUCUGAAUGUAGAACGUGGAUGAAAUGUCUUUAAAAAAUCCGUAGUGGUCGAAUCAAAAACUAAUAAUAAGUAAUUAAGUCAGACUCACGCUUGACUGCACAUUUAUAAUAGGUUUUCCUGUC